UGGGCAUCACUAGUAGUCAGCUGUCAAAUGAAACGUCAAAAACACAUUCGCGAGUAUUCUUUUGUCGUGUUUUGAUUCUUACUUACGUUUAAUUAAGUAAAAAUAAUGGGAUUUUACUCCGAAUAUAAAUGUGAAGUGAAUUAAAUAAACUGUCAACAUGAAGUUUUUAUUAUUGAUACUAUUUCUGCUCGGUUCCUCCGGCUUCGGAACCGUUGUUGAUGAAGAGGGAAAGGAAAGCACAGAAAUAUCCCGUGCUUUGGAUGACCGGCCGCUUCUGUUUGCCACGUUAGGAGGCGGUAUGGUUGCUGUUGAUCCUGUGUCUGGAGACAUUAUUUGGAAAUUAAAAGACGAGCCCGUUGUCAAAGUUCCGAGCCAAGACGCGAACUUGAUGCCGCAGUUCCUCCCGGAUCCGAGGCAUGGAUUCCUAUACACGUACGGCCCGAGGGGCGACCAGCAAAUGUUGAAGAAGCUCCCGUUUACAAUACCGGAGCUGGUGGCAAACGCGCCCUGCCGAUCUACAGACGGUAUUUUGUACACCGGAAAGAAAAGCGAUACUUGGUUCAUGAUUGAUCCAUUAACCGGCUUUCGUGAGCACGUUUCAGGUUUUGACAAAUCGAAAAUAUUCAAAAGCGACGACGAGAACACUUGCAACUCCGAGAAGAAGAAAGGUAUUUACGUGGCGCGUACUGAAUACAACAUCCUGAUGCACGAUUCGAAGAAUGUAAAUCAUAAAUGGAAUGUUACGUUCUUUGAUUACACGUCGCUAGCUAUGGGCAAGGACAUGUUGAAUGAUUACGGUACAAUACAUUUCACAUCGACGUCGAACGGUCGCGUCAUGUCUUUCGACCGGAAGACCGGCGACCUCGUCUGGUCCCACAACUUUGGGACUCCGGUCGUAGCUGCCUACCUCCUGGACAGAGACGGCCUUAUCUCCGUCCCUUUCAACUCGAUCGGUGACGACACGCUCGAUCAUAUCAUGGAGGACGCUAAAACCCUUUCGAACGGGAAAGGACUCAAAAAUUCGAAUAUCGAAUUGUACCCGACUUUAUACGUCGGUGAGCAUAACCACGGUCUAUACGCGCUAUCGUCGUUAGUCGAUAAAAACACGAUAACUAUAUCGACGGGUCAUCAGCCCUUGCUCAUCGAAGGCCCCUCGACGGAGACACUAAAGACGAACGCGCCGCGCUACGAGCCUAUCAAGAACAUCCACUACAAACUGAGCGACCUUAACUUGCACGUCUCGGCGCCGUAUCUCCUUCUCGGCCACUACAAAGUUCCGGAACUGACGACCUCCUGGAUACCCCAUUUGCCUAACUCGAACGUUUUGAACCUGAGAGAUCCACAAAUCGAUUCAAUAAAACUAAUCAACGGAGCAGUACAAGCUCAGACGGAGAAUGACGUUGAGAACGAAACGAAUUUGAAGUCCAAUUCGGUAUCAGUUUCGGUUCAGACUGAGGAUUUGUUCGAGGGUUUGUCGUUCAGGCCCGAUCUGUGGUACAAGCAGGCCCACGUUUGGCUCCACCAGCAGGAGAAUAAAGUGCUGAAAGUGGCACUAAUUAUUCUCGUCGGUUUGGUCAUCGCCAUGUUCUGGUACUUAAGGCUGCAGGCUCGUGAGUUCCAACAACUAUCGCAAGGCGGUUCCCGAAGCUCCACCUCAUCUACGUCGUCCCAGGGCGAAGUUACCGGUCAGCUCAUGGAAAUAGGAGAGGGUGAAAUGAAGAUCGGAAAGAUUACAUUCCAGACAGAUCAGGUGCUGGGAAAAGGUUGCGAAGGCACCUUCGUUUACAGAGGGACUUUCGAUAAACGCGACGUGGCAGUAAAACGAUUGCUCCCUGAGUGUUUCACGUUCGCCGACCGCGAGGUGGCGCUGCUGCGGGAGUCGGACGCGCACGCACACGUCGUGCGCUACUACUGUACUGAACGCGAUAAGCAGUUCAGGUACAUUGCACUAGAGCUAUGUUCAGCGACAUUGCAGGACUAUGUUGAGAAGAAGUUGAACUUCGAGUGCAAGAUUGAUUCGGUCGAAAUACUGAGGCAGGCCACUAUGGGCUUAUCGCACUUACACUCUAUGGAUAUAGUACAUAGGGAUGUGAAGCCGCACAACGUUUUGCUGUCGAUGCCGAGUGGGACCGGCGAGGUGCGCGCCAUGAUAUCGGACUUCGGCCUGUCCAAGAAGCUGAACAUAGGGCGGGUCAGCUUCUCGAGGCGCUCUGGGGUCACCGGCACCGACGGCUGGAUAGCGCCGGAGAUGAUCAACGGCGAACGGACUACGACAUCGAUCGAUAUAUUUUCGUUGGGCUGCGUGUUCUAUUACGUAUUGUCAAGAGGACAACAUCCAUUCGGUGAUGUUUUGCGGCGUCAAGCGAACAUACUCACCGGGGACUACAAUUUGGAUCACCUCGACAAAAUUCUGCCUGAAGAGGAAUUGGUAGUGGUUAAAAUAUUGAUCCGAGCUAUGAUCUCGGCCAAGCCCAGCGCACGUCCUCCCUGCGAAACGAUACUGAAAUACCCGAUGUUCUGGUGCAAGCAAAGCAUUCUGAACUUCUUGCAGGACGUCAGCGAUCAAGUGGAGAGUUGUGCGUGCGGUUUUGGGGCGGAGCACACGCUGGAGCGGGGCGGCGCGCGGGUGCUGCGCGGCGACUGGCGCGCGCGCGUGUGCCGCGUGGUGGCGGGCGACCUGCGCACGCGCCGCACGUACCGCGGGGACCGCGUCGCGCACCUGCUGCGGGCCAUCCGGAACAAGAAACACCACUAUCGGGAAUUAGAGUCGGACGUGCGCGACAGUCUCGGCAAGCUGCCGGACGGCUUCGUGUCGUACUGGCUCACCAGGUUCCCGCUGCUGCUUCCGCACGUGUGGCUCCAGAUGCAACAAUACCGAGACGAAGACAUCUUACAAACGUACUACCCUCGCACGUACGUCUUCAAUCGCGAUGACGUCAUCGAACUCAACAACGACAAGGACUGCGACUAUGAGGUCCCCUCGGAAAUGUACGAUUCUGAGAGGAACCACUUAUUCCUUAAGAGUAGAGUGUAUGUCGAUAGCAGCCCGGACCGUAGGUACAAGGAGGGGUCUCCUAAAAAGCUUCAAGACUGGAGAAGCGAGGCCCAGGAAUUCAGGUUGCGACAGGACGAUAUCAGAUUACGGGACAGGCAUUAUUAUAAAAAGAAAGAGAGAAAAAAGGAGGAGGCGCCUAUAUGGAGUCUGCCUCCGCAGUGAAAAUUUUGUGCACACGUUAAAAAUGCACUUGAACUGUUGCUACCUUUUGGUAGUAGAGUAAUAUAUUGAUGAUUUUGAAAAUGGAAUAUCACAUGCAACUUUGUGUGAAAUAGAAUUUAAAAAAAUUAGAAGAAUCAAAAUAUAGAUAAUUUUUAGAUGAAUUUUAGCAAAAGUAUCGAUGGUUUAUUUAUUGAUAUUUUUAAUAUGGGAAUUAUGUCUGUGACUAUUUACGGCUGAAUUAGCCAUAUUAUUAUGUAUGAUAAAAACGCACAAAUGUAUAUAAGAACUUUAAACUUUAUUAAUGUUUUAUUUUAUUUAUUAACAUUUAAAUCCUCUUGUUAUACGUAUUUACUGACUUACUUUAGUUUGUAAAAUGAAUUCUUAAGAAAUUUAGAUUAUGAGAUUACAGUCACAUAAUGUUGCCGAUGUUUCUUUACUACUAUUUGAUUAUAGUUGUUUGCACAAACGUAAAAAAAAAGUGAUUUUAGUUAUAAGUUAAAUAUAAGAAAAUGAUUAAAACACGUACUUAAUGUAUUCUUUUAGUAAAAAAUAUAUGUUAUAAUUAUUUAUUAUUUUUACCAAAAUACAUUUGACAAAAGUUUGUGGGACCAAUAUCUAAAUUAAGAAAACAUCGAAAUAAUGUUUAAAUUUUGCCAUGACCCCAAAAUUGACAUUAAGGUUAAGAGAUUAUAAAUAUAUAAAUAUUACAAAGUUGUCAAAAAUUUUAUAACGACUGAAAAAAGGUAUAAAUUGAAUUAUUUUCAAUUUAAAUUGUAUAUCAGUUCUUUGAAAUGAUUUUGUAUACAUGCUUAGUGUGUGGUUUAGUGUGUUUUAAAGAGAUCUAAAAAGGAUUUCUCUUUAUUUUGUAAUUGUUUUUUUUUAAUGCAAAUGAUUGAAAUUAAUUUUGUUAUAUGUAUAGGUUUCAGCAAGUCAAUUGUGAUGUGACCGUCUUGGGUAGUAAGACAGGACCAGUAAAAUAUUACGUUUAUAAUAACUAAUCAGAAUAUAUGUACUUAUGACUAAGACUUAAGUAAACAAUAAUGUAUUACAUAAAUACAUUUGGUUGUAAUCUUAAUUACCUACGGUUUAAGGUACAAAAUUCUAUUUCCAAUCCUAAAUUCACGUCAGAUUUAACAUUUAACAAGAAAUCUAAAAGCAUGUACAUAAGACAUUGUAUAUAUAUAUGUUUCGUAUCAUCCUCUCGUUAUAAUUGAAUUUGAGGACCGAGAGGCUAAUUAUGUGUACAUUUCAUCCAUACAAUCGUAUGUUGUGUAUGUUUUAAGGUCAUUAGUUUUUUUUUAAUGAGGCAUAAUAUUGAAAUUUAAUGUUUACUCAUUGAACUUUCUCAGUUUUUUUACUGAAAUGUAUAAUUAAUAAAUUAAUAAAUAAUUAUAUUACAAUUUGUUAGCAAAUGCACAGAACUAACAUUCUGUCAUAAUAUUUAAUUUAAGAUUAAUGUUCCUUUAAUGUUUUUAAGUUGUAAAUAUAUGUUAUGUAAUGGGCAGUCCAGUUUAGUGUUUAAUUAACGGAUAUGCAGUGGAAUGUUUAAAUGUAAAGUUUAAUUUAAAAUUAAAUUAUUCUUAUAAUGCGCUGGUGACGUAUUGAAUUGUUAAAAAUUAAGUGUACCUAUAUAUUUAAAAUGUGGCUAUUAAUUUGUAUGAAGUUUAUAUUUAACUAGGAUUGUUCACCUUUCCCUGACAUUGGAUUAAAUGAAUUGAUAUAGAAAUUUAUUUCAACUCAUAUAUAAUUAUACAUUAUUCAAGAAAAUAUUACUUACAGUAUAAUAUUACAUAGUUGAAUGUCAGUAUAAAAUAAAUCUAUUCCAAGAAACAGAGUGGAGAAGAACCAAAAUAAACAAAUUCGGUGAUCUUAUUUUUUUUUAAAUUGUUCUUAUAUUUACCAUUUCUUUUGUUCAUCUUUCUUUUAAGAAUACAAAUAAUUUAUUUUGUGAAAAAAUACACAUAAUAAGUUUCAUGAAAGAAAUGAAAUGGCCUGAAUUAAAUAAAAGAAACUAAUUACUCAAGGGUGCUCACUCAGUAUUGGAUGCACUUUGUUUUUAAGAAACUGCUGUUUUUUUUAUCUUAGGAUACGUCAUCAUAGCAAUACAAACUAGACAAAAGUUUUUAAGUCUACUUAUAAAAUUUUAAUCAAGUCUUUUAAGAUUCAGUAAUCUGCAAAGUUCCCACUGUAGUGUUUUAUUUAUUUAUGGAUUACUGGUGGCCCGGAGGCCUUUCCAGUUUCACCAGGACAGGUGGGCGAGCCAAGGCUCAGCCAGAAGGGGUGGGUUUAGCUAACAGCUGCCCGAGCGCCUCCGAAGGAGAUCUAUCAACUCGAGAGCAGUUGCUUCGCGGAUGAAUCUAAAGACUCGUACCGACUUUGCGUUCCAAGGAAUGCGUACCUAAGCUACGCGUAUAAAAAGGUACGCGUACCCGUUUAUAAAGCAACACGAGUCAACUGUGCGUAAUCAGUGCGAACCAAACGAACCUAAGUACACCCGCGACCCUUGUGUAAUGCUGACGAAGAGAACGGCUACGGCGUUUGCCGCAUUUUUAAAGAAAGAGAAGAAACCGCGAUACUGAAUUAAAAAAUUAUAUCGCGAUUGACAGCAAUAUGGAAAUAGACUUAUGUACGAAAUGUAUGUCAUGAAACAGAAAAUUCAGUAAUUAAUUUUACUAGAAUGUCUUUCACAGGAAUCUUCAUUUUUGUUGAAAUAUCUCUCCACGCAUCUUCACGUAAUGAUGGAUUUCCAUUAUCCAACGAUUUCGUAUUCCAUAUUAAUGAUUUUGAUUCAUGCAACUGAAUUAGUAUUAUAGAGGUUUCAUUAUCGAAACACGGGAACGCGUGACUUGCCAUUGUGCCGUCCAAAUAUCGCGUCACAACUUCUUUGAUUCGCGACUGCGAAUGGAAUUGAAUGGAUCGCCGCCGCGCCGCGGCGCCGUGAGCCCGGCUCGCGGGGUACGCGUACAGCGAAUGUAUACGCGUAGCAACACGUCCGGAUUGUGCGUUCCAGGGUACGCGUAACCAACGCCAAGGCGUACCCUGGAACGCAAAGUCCGUACGAGGCUUGACUGUAGUGUUUGACUGCAGUGAGCUCGCCUACCUAUCGAAGCUUUAAAAACAUGACACAACACAUUGAUAAUAUUAUUAUUAUUUUGAACAUUCAGCAUGAAUUUGUAAACGAUGAAAGCGAUUAAACCUCAAAAGUUGUUUUAAAUUCAUUAAUGUCACUAAAAGGUUAUUAGAACAAGACAGUCAGUGUUUUUGUAAUUUUUUUACACUGUUGAGACCUUCUAAUUUUUUUAGGAUUAUAAUUCCACAAAGUUAAAACGUUAUAACACCUUACCCGCAAUUAUGGCUUACUCAGCAUUGUUCUACUGUAUGUCUGCGUCAACUUCAUACUAAUUUUAGUUUUAAACUUAAUUUUUUUUAUUUAAUAAUGGAAUAAAUAUAAAUCAUAAUUAAUAUAUUAUGUAAAUAAAAAAAUCUAUACAAAAUUGUUAAAUUUGGAUAUUAAUAAAUAAAGCAAAUCUUCUUUUUUAA